GCCGACGCGCCAUUCAACCGUCCUUCAGCAGACACUAUACUCCGCACCGCUGACCACGUCGACUUCCACGUGCAUCGCAUCAUCCUCAUCCAAGCAUCCCCCUUCUUCGCCGACAUGUUCUCACUGCCGCAACCGCAGAACGUCGUGCAGGACGCUCCGGUCAUUGACGUAUCUGAGGACAGCAAGACCCUGCGUCAUCUUCUCCAGAUAUGCUAUCCCACCGAUCGCCCGGUGCUCGAGUCCUUGGACGACCUCGUGCCUGUCCUAAGGGCGGCGAUGAAGUAUUCCAUGGACUGGCUGGCCAAAACGCUGUCCAAGUCCUUCAUCGCUGCCAUUCCUCAAUUCCCAUUCCAGGUGUGGGCACACGCUUGUCGUUCGGAUCUCCCCGAGGUGGCGAGGCAGGCGAUCGCAGAGAUCAAAGGACGCAGCACAGAGACGAUCACGGCGACCGGCGUCCUGGACAGUUUACUGCAGGACGCGGGGCUCGGAGCGCUUGAGGGCAUAAGCUCUGGUACUUACUACCGCCUUCGGGAGUGCCUCCGCGACGGCGACCAGUCCACCUUCACUGUCGAACCUCUCCCCAAUCCCCUGCCCGCACAGGAAGUAUUUUCAUGCAUCACCGAGCCUCCCCCCGAUGUAGCCUUCAAGUGCUCGGACGAUGUGGUGAUACACGCACACAAAGUGAUAGUCGCUCUCCACAUCCCCGACCUACUUCCUCCUCAAGGAACGCAAUCGUUGCCCUGCGGCACCGCGGACGAAUCCGAACCACUCCAAACUAUCCCUAUUUACGGCACCAGCAUGCGCUCCGCGACGUUGUCCGAUCUGCUGCGAGCAUGCUACGGCGGCGCUCCCGCCAUACCCGCCGACACCGUUGCCGUAGCUCGAAUGCUGCUCGAAUGCCAGAAGUCUCACAUCACUACGCAUCUCGCGACACUCGUGAAGAAGCAGUGGGACGACCUCGCGUCUUCGUCCCCGUUAGCAGCGUACUUCGCCGCGGUCCAGCAAGGGUUACCGCCGGAGAUCAUACAGGCUGCCGCUCGGAACACCUUGGACAUCGCGCUGCCCCGAGGAUACACGCCGUGCAUGGAGGACGUGCCCGCUUCCGCCUAUCACUUUCUGUUGCAGUUCCACUCCGCGGCAACGGAGGCUGCAAGCGGACAG